AUAGAAGAGCAGGGCAGAAGGAAGGGGGGAGAAAAAAGCGGUACAAAAAUGUCCAGCGCUUAGGUGUCCAAGCAGCCCCCCGGGUCGGAUCCGACGCGCAGAGAGCCGAGGUGGAUUUCGAGUGUCGGGCAGAAGAAAGUUGUCGCUGUGCAGGCGGGUGUUGAUCUAACUUUCGCUUUUCUUUUUAUUUUCCCUCCCCGCCGUUCUGUUCUGUUUUUCUACGAUUUUUUUUUCAUUGUUCCUUAAAAAAAAAACACACGCACAUUUGUUUUGGAGGAAGAGGAGGAGGAGGAAGAGGAGGGGGCAGUUUCGUGCGCUUUUCUCGGGGACAUCAGAGGCGGAAACUCGGCGAGUCCAGCGUGCGGCUCGUUGGGGAGAGAGAGAGGGAGGAGGGCGAGAAGAGGAAAGCGAGGACGGCCAGACGUCGGACAUGGACAGCAAGCCUCUCCUGCAGGACAGACCCCCAGCCUAUAACGCGGUGCCGGGGGCUUACGAGUACAGGCAGCCGCACAACUACGGCGCGAUUCCGCCGCCUGCCGGCUUCCAGCAGCCGCCGCCGCCCUACCAGUUCCCCGACGGCCGAGCAGGAUAUCCGCAGCAGCCUCCCUCACAGCUGCCACCUGUUGGCCAGCAACCAAACUACCCCAACACGUACACCAUUAUCCAGCCCUCUGUGGUGGUGGUAGGGGGCUGCCCAGCCUGCAGAGUCGGGGUGCUGGAGGACGACUUCACCUGCCUGGGCAUCAUGUGUGCCAUUAUCUUCUUCCCCAUUGGCAUCCUCUUCUGCCUCGCCCUGCGCCAGAGGAGGUGCCCCAACUGCGGGGCCACCUUCGGUUAGAGGGAUCAAACCGGGGCUCAUCUCCAGGCCUCUGCUCUUCUGUUGCAUUUCCCCCCCCAAGUAUUCUCACUUGCACGUCAGUAAAAGCCGUGCAGUUCCUGCCGAAGAUAUCGACUCUCCAGGUUAUAACGGCAAGCGAUUAAAGAAUCGAACAUGUGAACAAUUCACAUGCAUGACAUGAUUGAUCAAGUGAUUAUCUGUUUUAAUUAAUGUGUGUAUGCCGUCCUGAAAUCCUUUUUCUGUUCAUCGGUCAGUCAGUGGUGCCUUCCAAAACAAAACAAAAAAAAGCUCCCAGAUACAAAAUUGAAAUUAUUACAAAUAUAUGAAAAGUGGUUCUGCUUAACAAUGAUUACCCACUGUCCUUUGGUUUGCAGGAGAAUAGUUCAUUUGCAGCCAGGAGAAGAGAUUGGCUUUUGAAGUGGAAAGGAAAGCGAUUGCGGCUUCCGACCACACCGUUGGCGAACGGUAGACGUUCUGGCGAUGGUCACUGUGUAGUAUGGACACAUUCAUCUCCUUUAUCUCUGCAGGGCUGUGCCUCUUCCCUGAGUUAAGUGCUUGAGAAUCAGUGUUCUGCCUGUGUCUUUCUGGAUUAAACCAGGAAUCUGACGACGGGUUCUGCCCUGUACUUUGCUUCUUGACGCAAUUGAACUGUAAUACAAUUGCAAGUACCCUUGUCUGUCUCGGCAGCCUAGGUACGAGGCCAUUGGCGGUUUCCCUAUUAAAAGGCUGGUUGACUUUUAAUACCUGCAGCAGAUGUCUUGCCAUCAGUAUGCAGUGUAUCUUUUCUGGAAGGCAAAGUAGGUCCUUUUCCUGUUGCUGGAGAUGAGUCUUGAUCAGCCAGUGCUGUCUAGGAAAGUUAGUUAGCAGAGAGAGAGAGAAAGAGAAUAGGGGCAGUGCUCAGUGAGCAGGAUUGAUCAAAAGCUUUGUGUAGUUUUUCAGGUAAUGCUAAUUGUUAAAGCUUUAAAAUUCAAUUUGGAUGCAUUGUUAUUUUGAACCACUUUGGACUUGAACCUUUGGAACCUUUUCCUUUGUCCUCUGCUUCGUGUUCCACAGACCAACCUGACAAGUUUGCACUUAGAUGAGGAAACCUUUUUUUUUUAUAAAACCAGAGUAGUUUUUUAAUAGCUGACAUCUGGUCUGGGGCCAUAUUAUACUGUACCUGCACUGUUUUUAGUACAUAAAGGACACCUUUUGUAAAAUCCAGGCAGUUUUGUAAAGGGUUGUUGUCUACCUUCAAGAAAAUGUUUGCGUCCUUAAUGACCCUUAGCCAUGUGGAGUUGUGCACAAUUCUUUUUGCACUUAAAUUUGGUAACCUGACUUGUCAGAUCCAGGAGUGUUUCUUAGUAUCCCUUAACUACUGGACCAUCGUUUCUCCUCCGAUCCAAGACAAUCACUGUGUUUUCCCACUGUGCUAUGCUAAGAAUCUGGUUCUCUGUGUAGCAGCUAAUGACGGGAAUGGAUGAGAAGACAUGCUUUAUUGCGUCGUCUGUAACUUGUACCUUAAGAUGUAAUUGUUAAUGCUUCAGGGCUGUUUGCUUUGCUUUGAAGCUCACUACUCUUGCUUUCACAAAUGAGGAAAAACUUUUAUAUUGGAAAAUAAUUGUAAAUAAAGGUAUAUGAGCAUCGGCA